AUGCAGCUUCCAGUUAAACUUUUGAAAGAAGGCACUGACACCUCCCAGGGUAUUCCCCAGAUCGUCUCCAACAUCAAUGCCUGUCAGGUCAUCGGUGAGGCGAUCAAAACGACUCUUGGGCCCCGAGGCAUGGACAAAAUGAUCAUCGAUGCUAGAUCAAAGACUCACAUUUCCAACGAUGGUGCCACCAUCCUCCAGCUCCUCGACAUCGUCCACCCUGCAGCAAAGACCCUCGUCGACAUCGCCAAGUCACAAGAUGCCGAGAUCGGCGAUGGAACGACCUCUGUCACUCUCCUUGCCUGUGAAUUCAUGACGAUGAUGAAGCGAUUCAUCGAAGAUACCGUGCACCCACAGUUGAUCGUCCGCGCCUUGAGAGAGUCGGUCAACCUGGCCAUCAAACGACUUGAAGAAAUCGCUGUCAACCCAAUGAAGAGUGGUACUCCCGAGGACAGACGAUCAACCUUGAUCAAGUGCGCCCAGACAGCUAUGAGCUCAAAGCUCGUCGCUGCCAACAAAGAGUUCUUCUCCGAAAUGGUCGUUUCUGCUGUCCAGUCCAUUGAUCAGGAUAUCAUGCCGCUAGAGAUGAUCGGUAUCAAGAAGGUCCCCGGUGGUGCUUUGGAGGAUUCGCGACUUAUCAACGGUGUUGCCUUCAAAAAGACUUUCAGCUACGCUGGAUUUGAAAUGCAGAAGAAAGAGUACCAAAACCCACUGAUCGCCCUCCUGAACGUCGAACUCGAACUCAAGGCGGAGAAAGAGAACGCGGAGGUGCGCGUUACAAACGUCAAGGACUACCAGGAUGUCGUUGAUGCCGAGUGGGACAUCCUCUACGAAAAGCUCGAGUGCUGCUACAAAUCUGGCGCCAAGGUCGUCCUCUCCAAGCUUCCCAUUGGCGACGUUGCUACACAGUAUUUCGCUGACCGAGGAAUGUUCUGCGCCGGUCGAGUAGCUGACGAAGAUCUCAAGAGAACUAUGAAGGCUUGCGGUGGUGCCAUUGUGUCAUCAUGUUUGAAUCUGAGCGAAAAUCAGCUUGGAACAUGCAGCACGUUCACUGAGACCCAGGUCGGCAGCGAGCGAUUCAACUUCUUUGAGGGCUGCCCCAACGCCAAGACUUGCACCAUGCUCCUCCGAGGUGGCGCCGAGCAGUUUUUGGAAGAAACAGAGCGAUCCCUUCACGACGCGAUUAUGAUUGUUCGACGAGCGAGCAAGUCUGAUAGCAUCGUUGCUGGAGGUGGAGCUAUUGAAAUGGAGCUCUCCAGAACUCUCAGAGAACAUUCCCGAACCAUCAAAGGAAAAGGACAGAUGUUAGUGAAUGCAUACGCAAAGGCUCUCGAGAUCAUCCCACAGCAGCUGUGCGAUAAUGCCGGUUUCGAUUCUACUGAUCUUCUUAAUAAGCUUCCGCAUGCUGAUGGUCAAAUCUGGGCUGGUGUUGACGUAAAUGAAGAGGGCAUUUCCAACAACUACGAAAAGUUCGUUUGGGAGCCAGCUCUUGUCAAAAAGAACGCUUUAAUGGCUGCCACAGAAGCUGCAUGCGCCGUCCUCUCCGUAGACUGGACCAUCAAAGUGCCAAAAGCCACUCAAUAA